UCUUCCGUACCAUGAAGUUUUUAGUGAGCUUUCCAUUUUCAAAAUUCAGUUUGAACUUGGAAUAAAGCUCUGGGCGGGACAAAGGGAGUUUGGAAAAGAUGCUGAGCCCAAAAAUGCAUGCAGAGCUUAUUUCCCGCCAUCUCACACUCACUCUUCAGAAGUCUCCCACUUACGCUAGGAAAAACCCAUGUCAACCUCUCUCUGAGAAGCUAUUAUGCCUCUUGAAAAAAUGUUUUUCCACCAAGAAACUGCGAGAAAUACAUACCCAAAUGCUCGUAAACUCCAUUCUAAGGCCCAAUUUCCUUCUCUCCAAAGCCAUUGAUCUUAAAGACUUCACCUACGCUUCCCUGCUUUUCCACCGUAUCCCCGAACCCAAUGACUACGCCUUCAAUAUCAUGAUCCGCGGACUAACCACAACAUGGCAAAAGUACGGUCUUACUCUUGAAUUCUAUUAUCAAAUGAGGGUUUCAGGCCUAAACCCCAAUAAUUUCACCUACCCUUUUCUUUUCCUGGCCUGCUCGAACCUGUUUGCGUUGAGCCAUGGGCGUGCUGCCCAGUCAUCGGUUUUUAAGUUUGGUUUGGAUAGAGACGGACAUGUGAGUCACUCCAUGAUUACUAUGUACGCCAGGUGUGGUGAACUGGUGUGUGCCCGGAAGGUGUUCGAUGAAAUUACUGAGAAAGACUUGGUUUCAUGGAAUUCAAUGAUUUCGGGGUACUCGCAGAUGGGCUAUGCGCGGGAUGCGACUGGGCUGUUUUAUGAAAUGAAGGAUGCGGAUUUUGAGCCUAAUGAGAUGACCUUGGUGAGUGUCCUUGGGGCGUGCGGGGACUUGGGAAAUUUGAGUUUGGGGACAUGGGUGGAGGAGUUUGUUGUUCAAAAUAAGUUAAAGCUGAAUUCUUAUUUGGGGUCAGCAUUAAUUGGUAUGUAUGGAAAAUGUGGUGAUUUGACCUCUGCAAGGAGGAUUUUUGAUAGUAUGAUAAAAAAAGAUCGUGUGACUUGGAAUGCCAUGAUCUCAGGAUAUGCUCAAAAUGGAUUGUCAGAUGAAGCAAUUAUGCUAUUUAAUUUCAUGAAAGAGGCUGGUAUUGAUCCAGAUAAAAGAACAUUGGUAGCAUUGCUUUCUGCGUGUGCUUCAGUUGGGGCUUUAGAUAUGGGGAAAUGGGUUGACAAGUAUGCAUCAGAAAGAGGCCUGAUGGAUGAUAUCUACGUUGGUACUGCAUUACUUGAUAUGUAUGCUAAGUGUGGGAACUUAGACGACGCACUGAGGAUUUUUGAUUAUAUGCCUAGAAAAAAUGAGGUUUCUUGGAAUGCGAUGAUAUCUGCAUUUGCUUUUCAUGGGAGAGCCAUGGAAUCCAUAUCCUUAUUCAAACGUAUGAUUACGGAGGGUGGAGCUACUAGCCCGAAUGACAUUACUUUUGUUGGAGUACUUUCUGCUUGUGUCCAUGUUGGUUUGGUUGAUGAAGGUCGUCGAUGGUUUGAUAUGAUGAGUACAUCAUAUGGUUUGACCCCAAAGAUAGAACAUUACUCUUGCAUGGUUGAUCUUCUUGCACGUGCUGGACUUGUACAAGAAGCUUGGAACUUCAUUGAGAAAAUGCCUGAAAAGCCAGAUGAAGUUUUAUUGGGGGCAUUACUUGCUGCUUGUCAGAAAUGCAAAAACGUAGAUGUCUCCGAGAGGGUAACCCAGCUUCUUCUGGAGUUGGAGCCUUCAAACUCUGGAAAUUACGUUAUCUCAUCAAAGAUAUAUGCAAAGUUAAAUAAGUGGGAGGAGUCAGCAAGGAUGAGAGUAUUAAUGAGAGAGAAGGGAGUCAGUAAAACACCUGGUUGUAGCUGGAUUGAGUUUGAGAAUCAACUUCAUGAGUUUCACGCUGGAGAUCUCUUAAAUGAUAGUUCAACUGAGAUUAAUCAAUUAUUUAGAUUUCUAAACGAUGAUCUGAAGAGAGAAGGUUACGUUCCAAACCUUAGUGUUCUAUAAGGACAUAUAAAGAAAUGUGGUUUUGCACUCACUCUUGUCCCUCAAAAGAACAAGCUUGGUAUCAUCCUUUGUCAGGAACCAGAUAUGGGUGAUAGAGCCUUCAGCCUUGACAUAAAAGAACUUCGAUCACUUUGUAGCUAUUUGUGCUGCAAGUGAUACAUGUCUUGCAUGGAGUGAUCAACUAAAAUUUCAUGUCUUGGGAAAUCAAAGCAAAUGUUCAUGACAAUGGGCAAAAGUA